AUGAAACUGGAAUCAAAGUUUUGUCUCUGCAACUUUUUGCAGAGCAUGAAGCAGCAAAUUUGCUGCAGGGCAUUCAAAACUCUGCUGGUCCUGACAUGCACCAGCCUUUCAGUAUAUGGAAUUGACUUGAGAGAUUUCAAUCCAGUUGGAGGGUACAAGAAUUUCCAGGGGUUCCUGGAGGGCCAGGGCCACAGUGGGCCCCAGUACACAGACAAAUGGCUGGUGAGGAUUGAAGGGGGCCCUCUGACAGCUGCUGUCAUUGCUGCAGACCUGGGCUAUGACAACCUGGGACAAGUUCCAGGAUUCGACAAUUUCUACAUCAUGAGAAAACCCAUGGGUCUCACCAGCACCAGCAGCAUGCAAAAGAGAGGGUUCCACCAAAGAGCAACUUCAAGUCUGUUGGACCAUUCCAAAGUUCUAUGGGCUGAAGAGCUUGUGUCAAAGAGGAGAGACAAAAGAGAUGGGAUCUGGAUCCCAGACAAACCAAGUGAUGUUGAACUUAUUGAAGAUGAUUUGACUUAUGUCAACACCAGGACCAAGAGAUUCAAGCGCAGAAAGAGAGCAAUUUUCUCAGAGAUCUCUCACAAAGUGGGAAGAAGCAAAGACAGAAGGUUCAAUGAUGAACUGUGGGAUCAUGAAUGGUAUUUGCAAGACACAAGGAACUAUGCUUCAUUGCCAGAACUUGACCUCCAUGUUUUGCCAGUAUAUGACAUGGGAUACACAGGAAAAGGAGUGAAAAUCACUGUCUUGGAUGAUGGGAUAGAAUACAAUCACACAGACUUGGCCCUGAACUAUGACCCUAGCCUUAGCUAUGAUGCCAAUGACAUGGACCAUGAUCCAUGGCCAAGAUAUGAUGACAUAGACACAAAUUCGCAUGGUACCAGAUGUGCUGGGGAAAUAGCCAUGGUGGCCAACAACAAAAAGUGUGGAGUUGGGGUUGCUUAUGGUGCAUCCAUUGGGGGUAUAAGAAUGUUAGAUGGGUCAGUAACAGAUGCAGUAGAAGGGACUUCCUUGGGGUUCAAUGUGGAAAAUAUGGACAUAUUUUCUUCCUCUUGGGGACCAGCUGAUGAUGGCAGGACAGUUGAAGGUCCUGGGGAACUUACCAACCAUGCAUUCAAGAAAGGUGUUACAAAGGGCAGGAAUGGAAAAGGCAGCAUCUAUGUAUGGGCAGCAGGGAAUGGUGGCCACAGAGGUGACUCAUGUGCCUGUGAUGGUUAUGCCUCAUCACCUUACACCAUAGCAGUGGGUUCAGCCUCCCAGUCAGGCAAGUUUCCUUGGUAUGGGGAAAAAUGUGGCUCCACCAUGGCUGCAACCUACUCAUCAGGAGCCUACAAGGACCAGAAAAUAACUACCACAGAUCUCCAUGAUUCCUGCACUGUGGAUCACACUGGCACUUCAGCUGCUGCUCCUUUAGCAGCUGGGAUCAUUGCUUUGGUCUUGGAAGCUAAAGAUGCAGGCAGUGUGAAGAUAGUCAACUACAAACCAGCAUACAUAACAUAUGGAAUAGAUAAAUGCAAAAAUAAUGACAUUGGGGCUCUGGAGCAUGUGGAGUUGACUGUCAACAUCAGGUACCCAAAGAGAGGAGCCCUGCAGGUCACUCUUAUUUCACCUUCAGGAACUGUUUCUGAGAUCCUGAGUCCAAGGCCUCAUGACAACUCAAGUCUUGGAUUCAAAGACUGGACAUUCAUGUCUGUUCACUUCUGGGGUGAAACUGUGGUUGGAAAUUGGACUUUUAUAGUGGAAGAUGUUGAUGUGAGUCACAAAGGAGAUCCAGAAGAAAGACAGGACCCCCAGAUCAUUAGACAAGGAAGUUGGGAUGGAGUGACCUUCACUUUCCAUGGGACUCAAACCCCUCCAAAGGCAACCAACUCCUCUUUGACAAGAGAGGACAUUGACAAAAUACGUGUCAAGCUGAAAGAACUGGAUGCCUUGAGGAUGGAGCAAGAGGCAGAAAUCCAGGAUAAAACCGAACCCCCUUUCCAACUACCCCCGCCCUCGCAUGACGCACUAUUCCGCCGACCAAGAAUCGGGCUUUUCGACGACGCCAGCGACAUCUACUCGGAGCCGGAAGAAAAUCCGUACCAACCGCUCUUCAGAUUCAAGCGCGACGCCUGAAGAAGCACAAGAAGAAGAAAAAAAACAUCUAUCCAACAAUUAUUAUACUCAACCGCGGCAUCGUUGAUUCAAAUUUCACUUCUUGCCUGAUAUGUGCUGCAUUUCGCGACUCAAUAAAUCCCAGGGUUGAUUGCCACACUACAUCAAA